UGACGUCAACAAAGGUCCUUUAGCUGCCCAGGCUCUAGCAGCAUCUACCGAGAGUUCAGGCAGGGAAGAGGAAAAAAAAUAAUCAUCCAGGCGCUGGGCGGUCCCCAUUAUCUGCGCCGCAGCCAGCAGUGAGGCGCUCCGGAGUUUCACUUUGUCUGUUCCGCUCCCCCGUCACUGACCUGGACCUAAACCCCCCCGAACCUCUCCGGACCCCGGACUAGGAUUGGAGCUGUAACCCCCCGCGGCCGGCCUGGGAGGAAAGGAAAGAGAGCCAUUAAAUAUUCAGGCGGCUGGAGAAGACGAGCGACAUGAACACCAGCAUCAUGUACGCCAGCAGGAAGAGGCGCAAACCCGUGCAGAAGGCUGUGAAACAAACACCAGCAGAGGGGGUUAAGUCCAACCCAUCGAAGAGGCAUAGAGACCGUUUGAACACGGAAUUGGACAGACUAGCCAGCCUAUUGCCCUUCCCACAGGAAAUCAUAUCUAAACUUGACAAGCUUUCAGUGCUCCGGCUCAGUGUCAGCUAUCUCAGGGCCAAGGGCUUUUUUGAAGUUGCACUACAACAUUCAAAGAAAGAUGGCAAUGGGAUCAGCGACAAUCGAAGGCCAGUUAAAUCAGGAGAAGACUUGCGUUUACUGGAAGGAGAACUUUUGUUACAGGCACUUAAUGGAUUUGUCCUGGUUGUUGCCUCAGAUGGACUUGUCUUUUUUUCUUCAUCCACCAUUCAAGAUUAUCUCGGAUUUCAGCAAUCUGAUGUGAUACACCAAAGUGUUUUUGAGCUGAUUCAUACAGAAGAUCGGCCUGAAUUUCAGCGUCAGUUGCACUGGGCUCUAGACCCUGCUCAAUGUUCAGACACAAAGAGGUCUCCAGAUGGCAAUGAAUUUGCAAUGGUAUCCUCCUGCUACAAAGCUGAACAACUUCCACCUGAAAAUUCUUCUUUUAUGGAAAGAAAUUUUGUCUGCAGAUUAAGAUGUCUGUUAGAUAACUCUUCUGGAUUUUUGGCUAUGAACUUUCAAGGACGACUAAAGUUUCUUCAUGGACAGAAUAAGAAAGGGAAAGAUGGAUCCAUAAUACCCCCUCAGCUUGCACUCUUUGCCCUGGCUACACCCUUACAGUCUCCUUCUAUCUUGGAGAUCCGAACCAAAAACUUCAUCUUCAGAACGAAGCACAAACUAGACUUCACUCCUAUAGGAUGUGAUGCAAAAGGAAGCAUAGUACUGGGAUACACAGAAGCAGAGCUGUGCGUUAGAGGAACUGGCUAUCAGUUUAUUCAUGCUGCAGACAUGCUGUACUGUGCAGAGAAUCAUGUCCGAAUGAUCAAGACUGGAGAGAGUGGAAUGACUAUUUUCAGACUUCUCUCUAAAGAUAGUGGAUGGAUUUGGGUUCAAGCAAAUGCACGGCUUGUUUAUAAGAAUGGAAGACCAGAUUAUAUAAUUGCAACACAAAGGCCUCUUGCAGAGGAGGAAGGAGUGGAGCACUUAAGAAAGAGAAGCGCACAGCUGCCUUUCAUUUUUGCAACCGGUGAGGCGGUUUUGUACGAGGCUUCAUUUCCCUUUCAAGGCCUAAUGGGCCCCUCACAAAAUAAACCUAAAGGUUCCUCAAGUAAAGGGACCACUGCCAAAGCAACUGUAAGUGAAACACCUGUCAAUCCUGCCUCCCUCUUGGGUGCCAUGCUGAGGCAGGAUGAAAGUGUGUACAUUUGCCCUCCAGCUUCAAACACCUUUACUUUCGAAAGCUUUUUCAAAGAUAGAAGUGAUGUGAGCAGUAACUUUUGGCAAGACACUCAGGUACCUGUGGCAAAUAACAAUAUGAAGCAAGAGGAAGGAGCUUUUUCCCAGAUAAAAAGUGGAAUGCAGUCUUCAGAGCGCACUGAGGUUUUACCAGAGGUUAAAAACAAUGAGCUUUAUAAUAUUAUGAGAAGUUUGGGCAUUGACUUUGAAGAUUUGGAGGUGAUACAGCAAGAUGAAGAUUUUUUCAGAAAUGAGUUUGAUUAUCCCGAUAUUGGGGAUAUUGAUGUGGCAGAUGAAAUUCUCACUUAUGUUCAGGAUUCCCUAAAUGGGAAACCAGACUGUAUGUUUAUGAACUCUCUUCCGCAAAUGGCUUGUAUGCCAGACUCCAGCAAAGUAACACAAGAUGGCUUGGAAACUCCUCAGAUGCUUCAGCAACAGCCAAACCAAAUCAUGCCGCAACAGCUGUGUCAAAAAAUGAAGCACAUGCAGGUCAAUGGCUUGCUCACAAACUGGAACCCUGUGAGUGGGGCACCUCUCGCUUACCAAGAGCAGCCAACUGAGCAAUAUGUACCUAGUCUCAAUAACGUGGCUCAGGAGUUUUAUAAGUCUGAACUCAGCAGUGCUCCAUAUACAUGCAAACAGGAAUAUAUGCCUUACCAGGAAACCUUGCCUGCAGUGCCACUGCCUUCUAACCUUACACAGAUGGACUUUGAUCUUGGAAAUGUGGAUCAGUCAAUGUACAACUCUUCCUCAAACUUGGAUGGGUUUUUGGAAUGUCUCCCACAGACUCCUGAGCUCCAAGAGUGUAGCCUAAAUGCUCAGACUGUUAUGACUUCCCAGCCUUGCUAUUCUGGGGCAGUGUCCUUGUAUCAGUGCCUCCCGGAACCUCAGCCAUCCUGUCUGAAUCAAAUGCAAUAUAAUGCUGUGAUGUCUGGUCGGCAGCAGAUGAUAAACAAACAGUUUCAAAAUGGUUUUAGUGGAGGAAAUGUGAACAAAACGUAUACAGCACCUAUGGAUGUGGCAAAUAGCACACAGACUGCCACCCAUCUACCGUCUCUUCAUCACCAUCAUCUUCCCACCAACUCCAAAAUUUAUCCUGACUUGCCGUCAAGUGGAUUUUUGUAAAUGUGAGGAAAGCAGCCCCUGUGUCUCUGUUGGCCUCGUAAACAAAGACUUGAUGCUGAAAAUGCUUUAAAAGCCACCUUAAAUCCUAAAGAGUUUAUUUGGGCUAUUUGCACUCGGUAGACCAUCUACGGCUUAUGUGUUGGACUGGGCUGGCCAGGCCACAUCCGGAUGUUGUAGAGAGCGCUUAUUUUGGAGAAAAGGAAAAGCUUUGGUUUUCCCACCUUUUUAAAAUAACUUAUAAUUUCUAGUGGAAUUUUAAGGCGAUGUAUUUUUGCAAUACAGUUCUGUAAGAUAUAACAACAUAGGAUAAAUAACAAGAUAAGGCGAGCAUUUUAUUUACCCCAUCACUGCUAUUCGUUUGACGUUGUUCCUCUGUAGAGCACUUAUGCCCUUUGAAUACUAAUGGUAUGUUUUACCAUUUUAUAGAAAGAGCUUUUUCUUACCUAAUAAUUUUAUGCCUUUUUAAAAAUGAAAAAAAUGUCACUUAACGAAAGCACUCACUCUUAAAGUGGCAGUUCCAUUCACUGUGUCUUGACCACUUUGCACUGUCUGAUAGACUGGAUAAUUUAGAAUGUGUCACUUUAUUGCCAAUAUCUGUUUUUAGGUGAUAUUAUUAACAGAUAGUGAAUUCCAAAGUAGUUGUGAUGUGUUAUUCCACCACUGGAAUUUAAUUUGGACAACCCCCUGGAUAUUUUCAUUUGGAACCUUUAAGUCAUCUAAUUGUGUGAUGUAGUUAUGGAUUAAAUGCACCUUUUUGGCCAUACUUGCGUAGAAACUCCCUUCAUCAUAGACCUUAAUAGAAAGCUCAUAAAGCACAAUGCUGAGAUCGAUGUUCUAGUAGAUACCUGAAAUGAGAGUCCUUGUGUGUUAGCCGUCCAUUUUGAUCUGCCUCCGUUUGAUACCCACAAAGAAGACCCUUAUAUUCCUAGUUUACUGGUAUUGAGCACGUCCUUGAUAUGAAAGAUAUCCUCUAUCUUGGUUUUCUAUGCUGACAUGUUUAUAAAUAAAGCUAUGCAGUUGAUACGUUUCUGCCCAUGUUGACUUCUACAAAAAAAAUCACCACAUAGUCAAACAUUUCCUAUAGUAUACAGGUGAUGUGUAAUGUGAUAUUCCCUAACAUGAAACAGAUUUUUAUUUUUAUUUUUGUAGUAUAUCCACUUAAAUAUACAAAGGCUAUUGAAUUAUGCAAUGCUUUUAUAAACAAAUAAAACUUCAAAGAAUUCUUAAUAUGGGUUAAAGCAAUUAUCCAUUUUAGUCCAAAGUAGAAAAAGUACAGUAGUACUGUUCACAUUACCACCAUGGCUCUCUUUCAUAUAGGAACCAUGGCAGCCAUGCCAGAUGUUUUGUGAUCCAUUUCAGAAUUGACCUCUUGAACAGACCUGUUGUCAAACUCCCAGAAUGCUACUGCAUAGAAACUAUAAAAUGAAAAUGUGAACAGCAAAGGACAAUAUGUCAGAUGUAAGGAAGAAGAAGCUUCACAGCAGACAUCACUUGCCUCCAGUAAAUCUAGCAUAUUCUUCUAACAAAGACUUAGGUAAUACAUGAAAGCUAUAGGGGCCGGUUUCCCUUCCAUUAGAGAACAAUCACUUUAUACAAGUUUGUACAGUGUAAAUUUAUCUUUAAUAGUUUUUAAUUUCAAAUGUAUUAUAAUUUAAAAUUGUCAUAUAGUUAUAGCUGUUUAUUUCAGUGUCUAAUAGCGCUCUAUAGACAGCAAAUUGUAGGAUCCGAGUGCACUAUAAGUUUUUGUAUAUAUAACAUCUAUGCUGCUUCUCCCAAGCAUAGAGCACAGUUUAGCUUUUUAGUGUCACCUAAACUAUUUUCCAUUUAUCCUAAUUAAAACGUCCUUAUCUGCAGUUAUAUUACUUGUAGGCCCAAGUUAAUUCAGUCAGUAGUUACCUAUUGCCUUCACUGUAUCCAGGUAGUAUCCAAGAUCCAUGGCGAUGUGAUAUAUAAUUUAUUACUUUUUUUUUUAAAACAAAGGUAAAGGUGAAUCUAUAAGUUCUAGCCCCAUUUACUCCAGGUUUUCCCAGACUUACAUAGGUAGUUUAAAGGGGUAAUCUACUGCUCAGCAUUUGGAACAAACUGUUACAAACACUGGAGUCAGCUCCGGGAGCUUGUGACGUCAUAGCCCCACCCCCUCAUUAGGUCAUGCCCCACCCCCUCAAUGCAAGUCUAUGGGAGGCCCCCCUCCCAUAGACUUGCAUUGAGGGGGCGGGACAUGACAUCAUGAGGGGGCGGGGCUAUGAUGUCACAAGCUCCAGCGAAGUACCCCUUUAAUAUUAGAAUUGUAACCUCUUUUCAUUUAUGUGAGGGAAGCACUACAGGCUGCCACUGUAAUGAAAAAGUCUAACCAAACUUUAUGAAGUGACCUAAUCUAAGGACAUGUACAGUAAUUAAUGUCCAUAUAAUGAUCCCUGUUAGGAAAUUGGUAGUUUUUAAUCUGAUAUAUAAGGCAGAAUGGAGAGCAGGUUAAAAAGAAUGUGUCUCUCAUUCUGAAGAACCCAGCACAGCUGCACAUUAGAUAGACAGCGCAUUUUUUUGCACCAUGUAGUGCUUAAUUUCUCCUGUGGUGGCGCUGCAGGGAAAUUGAACACUUGCAGCCAUAUUGCCCAGUUAAUUACGGCUUGGCCUGCUAUCAAGAGCUCCUAAUAAUAAGCAUUGUUCAUCCUUGGGAAUCUUAUAAUCAUGUUUUUCAUAUUUCUCCAUUUAACCACACUUUUUAUGAAACAGGUUUCCGAUACUAAUUUGCCAUAGGGAGAGCAAUGUUUUGUAAUAUAUAUGAGUCUCGUACUUAUUUCUCCUUGUGAGGCUGGGAAGCCAACAUUGCAUUGAUAUAGUGAAAGUCUUUCCAAGCAGCAGGAAGAAAACCUGUGCCUUACCUUGUUGUUCUUAUUUUAUUUUAUAUAAAUAUAUAUAUAAAUAUAUACAUCUAUAUAUAACUCUAUGCAAUGUUUUUCAUGUCAACCUGUCCAGUCACCAAGGAUGGCAUCUGCAUUAGGGUUCGUUUGUAUAGUAGAAAAUGAAACAGUAUUGAAUUUUUUUUUCUUAGCGUGUAAUAAAUGAAAAUAAAAGCUUUGUGUAAUGUUUUUAGGUUUUUUUUGUUUUUUGUUUUUUUUUUAUUAAAAGAAAAGAUGGAAAAAAAAACAGCAGUCAAUUUUAUGCAUUAUUAAGAUAUGGAAAACCUCACUAACUUUGCACUUGAUGGAGUCCAUGCUUGCUUGGAAUGAAGGAUUCCUUUGUUGCAUAAUAGUAUGCAUUAUCUUCCAAGCUUCAGUUAUAUUGUAUUUGCAGCACCGUUAAUUUUUGUCUAUCGUGAGAGCGUCACUAAGGUGGAAGAUGCUCUGCCCUCAGCCUGUUACACUAAAACGCCCAUUUUCAAGACUAUCAAAACAUAUUUAGAAUACAAGUGCUGUUGUAACCGUUGUACUUAUUGCUUGUUCCAAUUUUACUAUAUGCAAACUACAGCAAUUGCUAGCACAAGAAAUGUCUUAAAACAAGUCAUACUACAAAUCAGAGUAUUGAACAAAAAUACAAAAAAAAAGUUUUACAGAAAUCACCGUGAAGGCUGCUUUGAGUUGUAGCAUAACCUGUGUACUCAUUGUUACAUGUUGUUAUACCUGCUGAAUUAUAUGCUUUUUAUUUCUAAAUAAGGUGUAAAGUGUAAACACAACUAUAUGUUCAUAUAUCGUCUCCUUUUGUGAUGUCAAGACUUGCCUAACACAUUUUUUGUUCCAGUCUUGUCGAACACAAAAGUUUUAAAAUCAAAUUUUUAAAGGAAUACUUCUUUGUAUGUUUUUUUUUUUUUUUUUUUUUAUCUCAAAAGAUUCUUUAAAAUGUAGACGCAUCAAUACUUGGUGCAACAAUGUUUGAAAUAAUAAUAAAAAAAAUGUAUAUGUUAAAGUGAUGACAUUGUGUGUGCCGUGUAACUUAUAUGUAAUGAACAAAAGCAGCUUUCUAUGUAAGAAUCUUAUAAUACUGAAAGUUUAUUUGCCAAUGUAUGGCAGAAGAAAAUCCUUCAGAUACAGUUGUAUUCUGUGUAAUUCAAAAUGAAGCAGAAAGCAAUGAAAAAAUGUCACAUUUGUGUUUUUUUUUAUAUUGUUUAAUAAAAAGACAAUCGUAUGG